AAAGCUUAAAAAAAUGCUCUAAUGGAACUCUGUCUUUCCAUUCUCCAUCUUCACCUUCAUCUUCUUCUCCAAUUCUCCACAACCACACUGUUACUCCCCAACCCAUUUCAAAUUCCCACAAAACCUAACCUAAAUCGCCUCCAGAAACCAAACCCACAUUUCCAAUUCUCUUCUAUUCGCAUUGAAUGAUCGGAACCCAUUUAGGCGAAUAAAAAAUUGGGAUUAAUAAUGACGAAUGGGUCAUCGCGAGUUGGGAGUUUAGGUUCGUUAGUGGUACGAUCAUCAAGUAAUGGUAGUUUACAACAGAAUCAGUUAGGGUUAGGAUUAGGAUUCAUUUCCAAUAAAAAAGGGUCCAAGAUGUUUGCUAAUAAAGAGAAAGAUAAUGGGUUCAUUUGGAUCUUCAAAUUCGUUCCUCGUAAGAAGGUGGGAAUGCUGCUCUUAUCUCUUGCUUCUUUUGCUGCUAUGUUGUGGAUACUUUAUAUUGCCAAAGGCGAGAUUAACCAGACGAAUCCUUUACCUAUAAAACUUUCUGGAGAUUCACCGAGUGUUGACGAAAGAAAAGACCAGGAGAUAACUUCCGCUACGAUGAACGAUCAAAUGAGGAUCACGUUGUAUGACGAUAAGCGAGUUGUAUCACACGCCGCGCCUCCACCGCCUGCGUAUUUCACAGGGUACACGCUUCCUCCGGGAAAUCCUUGUGAGAAUUUCCGAAUGCCACCUCCGCCGGCAGACAAGAAAAAAACGGGCCCUCGUCCGUGUCCGGUGUGUUACCUGCCUGUGGAAGAUUGUAUUGCAUUGAUGCCAACAUUACCGUCGUAUUCGCCUGUGCUUCAUAAUCUAACUUACAUUCACGAUGAGAGUUUUAUUAAAAGUGAAUUUGGCGGGUCAGAUUUUGGUGGAUAUCCUUCUUUAAAGCAGAGAUAUGAAUCUUAUGACAUAAGAGAAUCAAUGGCUGUGCAUUGUGGCUUUGUCAGAGGAGAUAGGCCCGGACGCAAGUCAGGAUUCAACAUUAACGAUUCAGAUCUUCUUCAGAUGGAUCAGUGCAAUGGAGUCGUGGUUUCAUCUGCGAUAUUUGGAGCUUAUGAUUUGAUUCAAGAACCGACGAAUAUCAGCGAAACUUCAAAGAAAAGUGUCUGCUUUUUCAUGUUUAUUGACGAAGAAACAGAAAAGUUUAUGAGGACUUCGGGUAAGCUGGACGAUAGCAAGACGGUAGGCUUGUGGAAAGUUGUUACAAUCUAUAAUUUGCCGUACACAGACCCAAGGCGUAACGGGAAGGUUCCAAAACUUUUACCACAUAGGCUUUUUCCGAAUGCUCGGUAUUCUAUAUGGUUGGAUGGGAAACUUAAGCUUGUUGUUGACCCGUAUCAAAUUCUUGAAAGGUUUUUGUGGAGAGAGAAUGCCAGUUUUGCAAUUUCAAGGCAUUAUAAGCGUUUUGACGUGUUUCUAGAAGCCGAAGCUAAUAAGGUGGCUGCAAAGUACGACAAUGCCUCCAUUGACUUCCAGAUUGACUUUUAUAAAAAAGAGGGUUUGACCCACUAUUCUUCAGCCAAGCUUCCUAUUAAAAGUGAUGUUCCGGAAGGUUGUGUGGUAAUAAGAGAACACAAUCCAAUAUCCAAUCUUUUUACAUGUCUUUGGUUUAAUGAAGUUGACCGCUUUACUUCAAGAGAUCAAAUUAGUUUUUCCACCGUACGGGACAAGAUCAGGUCAAAGACUAAUUGGACCGUUAACAUGUUUUGGGACUGUGAAAGACGCAAUUUCGUACUUCAGGGAUACCAUAGAGAUGUUCUGGAAAACUGGGCCCCACCACCACCUGUUACUGGUACAACUGUCGUUGUCAACUCUCAGUCCGGGAUCAUCGUCGAAAAACCACCAAAAAAUUCUACAGAAUCCAAUGUAAGUAAUGCAAAAAAGACACCAUCAAAAAGACGCCGAAGAGACAAAAGGUCGAGUUCCAGAGGGCACAGAAAAAUUGCUGCGGGCUCAAGAAACGCCAUUAAUCGAAGUUGAAAUUGAAUUUAGGCAAAAGAAAUCAUUCUUAACAUCAUUUUUUAGAAAAUUCUUUUUUUUUUUUUUUGGUUAGGAAAAUUUGUUCCUGAUGGGCAUUCAGUAUAUGUCAUUUUCAUUUAGAUU